GAUAAUGAAGAAAUAUUUCUGAACCGAUUUGUGAUGUCGAUUGUGUUAUGUGUACAUGGCACAUUUUAAUUUGCCUCUUUUACGAAAAACAUGAAGUGAAAGAAAUAUCAUAAUAAAUAUAAAAACAUGGCUUUUGUCAGUGCUGUUACCGGCGAUGACUCCACGAAGAAAUUCAUGGAUGUCUUACAAAAUGAUUUCAAAACUCUCAGCUUAGAAACCAAGAAAAAAUAUCCUCAGAUAAGAGAGGCUUGUGAUGAAGCCAUAGAAAAACUAGCUUUGGCAUCAAAUAAUCCACAAGCCUCGCUGUAUGGUGUUGUGAACCAAAUCCUGUAUCCAUUAGUCCAAGGAUGUGAAUCAAAAGACGUCAAGAUUAUUAAGUUCUGCCUCGGAACUAUUCAGCGAUUGAUAGCCCAACAGGGAAUAGAUGCAAAAGGUGCUCGGCACAUAGUGGACUGUCUGUACAACCUCGGCCAUUCGGGAAUGUUGGAAUUAAAGUUAUUACAAACAGCCGCAUUAUUGAUGACAACCUCCGAUCUAGUUCACGGAGACACCUUGGCCAGGACUAUGGUGCUCUGUAUACGAAUGGUGUCUACUACUGAGACUCGUGAUAUCAGUACAAGUCACGCCGCUGUGGCCACAGUACGACAGCUUGUAGCGCUUGUCUUUGAAAGAGCUUUAGCGGAAGCUAACGGAACGUUAAAAGUAAACCCAGCGGAUGUGAGAAUACAAGCAAACAGCAAAGCGCCUAAAGAGUUGAAACCGUGUGCUGUUGAUGCAUAUCUUAUAUUACAAGAUAUAAUACAAUUGAUAAACGGUGACGCUGCUAACUGGCUUGUGGGAAUAUCAGAUGUACCAAAGACCUUCGGAUUAGAGCUCCUUGAUACAGUAUUGACAGAUUUUUCUGAUGUUUUCUUUAAGAUUUCAGAAUUCCGUUUCCUGUUGAAGGAGCAUGUGUGCGCAUUAAUUAUAAGAUUGUUCUCGCCUAAUGUUAAGUACCGGGCUGCCUUCCCGUCUCCCCACAUUCCGGGCGGCGGCGCGGCCCCGGGGGCGGAGCGGCCUCAUUUCCCGGUGACCAUGCGACUGCUGCGGCUCGUGUCGGUCAUCGUACAUAAGUAUCACGACGUACUGAUGACCGAGUGCGAGAUCUUCUUAUCCCUGAGCAUCAAGUUCCUUGAUCCUGAUAAGCCGCUAUGGCAGAGGGCGCUGGCGCUGGAGGUUCUACAUCGGAUGACCGUACAGCCUGAUCUACUGAAAGCGUUUUGCGAAUGCUACGACAUGAAGCCGCACGCGACCAAUAUAUUUCAAGACAUAGUGAACGCUCUCGGAGCGUAUGUGCAGAGUCUGUUCGUGGCGUCCCAGGUCAAUACUUCAGCCGGCUCAUCGAGUAUCCCUCAACAGGCUGGUUUCUACUGGAAGGGAGUCUGGUUGCCGCUGUGUGUGACCUUCGAACCGGGCGUAGCGAAAUCUGUAUAUAUAGAGAUGUUGGACAGGACGGAGGCGCCCAGCAUCCAGGAAGGCUACGGCAUCUCGGUCGCUUACGCCUGCCUCGUCGAGAUAAUACGUUCCAUAGCUAUCACCAUCGAGGGAGAGGAGUACUUUAGACUUCAAGAACUCUACGACGAUACACAGAACGACGACGAGAAAGAGGUUAAUUCUAAUAGGACGACUAAUAAUAAUAUGAAAGAUAGUAAUAGUAAAGCGGACACCAAGGAGUUAACCAACAACGGUCAUUCUACCGCGGACCAAAACUCUAACGUGAUGAAAAUACAACCAGACGACGAGGACAGGGAGAGACAGCUGAAACUACAGCUGAUCAAGUCAUCGUGGUGUGGUCUAGUGUGGGGACUGUCGGUGCUAGCGGAGGCCAGCAUCGGGGAGUUGGAGCACGUGCUGCGAGCCGUGCAGACCCUGGCUAGAGUUAGUGGGAAGAUGGGCGUGACCAACGCGCGUGACGCAUGCGUGGGCGCAUUGUGUCGGUGUGCGCUGCCCGCGCAGUACUGUGUCCCUGUCCUGGGCGCUCUGGCCGCCCUGGCGUGUCCCUGGCCCGGGGCCCGACCCCCAGCCCCCGCCCCGGACCUAAGACACCACGUGGUGUGGGUCGGCACCCCGCUUCCGUGCUCGCAGCCGACAGGUGACAGUCAGCAGCAGUCGUUUGUGAUGGUGACGUCACGCCACGUGUCCGCCCUGAGAGCACUGUUGACAGCUGCCGCCCGGGACGGGGACGCCCUGCAGCACGCCUGGCUGCCGGUGCUGACCACGCUGCAGCAUCUGGUGUGGAUCCUGGGUCUGAAGCCGUCUACCGGCGGCAGUAUGAAGGCGAGUCGGGCGAGCGCUGACGCCAACGCUGUCAUGAGCACGUCCGCGGUCAUGGCCGAUCUGCCGGGUCAGCAAGUCCCCGUGGCGGAGUCGCUGGGUGUGAUGAGCGCGUUGUCGGCCAUGUUGUCACGUGUUUUCGAAGCGUCCAAGAACUUGGAUGACGUGGCCCUUCAUCAUCUGAUCGACGCCUUAUGCAAGCUGUCCAACGAGGCGAUGGAGUUGGCUUAUUCUAAUAGGGAGCCGUCCCUCUUCGCUGUGGCCAAAUUGUUGGAGACGGGUCUAGCCAACAUGCACCGCAUAGAGGUCAUGUGGAGACCCAUCACGAAUCACCUCCUGGAGGUCUGCCAGCACCCUCACAUUAGGAUGCGGGAGUGGGGGGUGGAGGCCAUCACCUACCUGGUGCAAGCGGCCUUCCAAUACCAUCACAACCAUCCUGAACUCGUCACUGAGGCCCGUGAGCGCCUGGUGCUAGAACCUCUGGGAGAGCUGUGCUCCGUUCGUCACUGUGACGUGAGAGCCAGACAGCUGGAGUGUGCUGCGAGACUGCUCCACUCCAGGGGCGACCAGCUGGGAGCCGCCUGGCCGCUCAUGAUGGAGAUCAUAUCGGCUAUCGGCGACCAUCACAGUGAGCAACUUGUGCGCUCAGCGUUCCAAUGCGCCCAGCUGGUGGCGGGUGACCUCCUGGGAUGUGCAGGUCCCAGGUGUCUCCGACGAGUGCUGGCCGCUGCGGCCGCCUUCGCCAGACAGACCAAAGAAUUGAAUAUCAGUCUCACAGCUGUAGGACUGAUGUGGAACAUCUCGGACUACUUGUACCACAACCGCGACAAGCUGUCAGCGGCGCUGGUCAACGAGUCGGUGCCGGAUGUCCAACCCGACCUUCCGCCUCUGGAUCGACUGUGGAUGUGUCUCUACAUACGACUCAGUGAGCUGUGCACGGAGGCCCGGGCCCCGGUCCGCCGCGCCGCCAGCCAGACCCUGUUCAGCUGUAUCGGUGCUCACGGGUCCCUGCUGGGCCGGCCCGCCUGGCGAUCACUCUUGGCCGUGCUGUUCCCCAUGUUGGACCAGGUCCGGAGGCACUCGGACGUGGCCAGCUCGGAGAAGGUGGACACGGGGGAACACAUCCUCAUACACCACACCAGGAACACCGCGCAGAAACAGUGGGCGGAGACACAGGUGUUGACGUUGUCCGGGGUGUCCCGCGUGUUCCACUCCAGGUUCCAGCUGUUAAUGACUGUUGGUGACUUUAUCCGCUCGUGGGUCGCUCUACUAGACUACAUCACAGAUUUCGCGCUCAGACGAAGUCACGAGGUGUCGGUGGCGGCUCUCAAGUCGUUCCAGGAGGUGGUGUCGGCUGCAGGUCGAGCGGAGGGCGAGGUCCCGCGCCGCGUGUGGUCGGCCGCCUGGAACGCCUGGACGGCCAUCGCCACGGGGCUCGCGACUCCACCUGGGUGUGCGGACGACAAGCCCGCGGAGCUGUUCUCACCGUCGCUGAACUUCCUCACCACCCUGGUUCAGAUCUUCCCCCUCAUCUUCCAACACAUACGACCCACAUUCACGGCCGCGGACGUUGAGAAGCUGGGAUCGUGUUUGUCCACGGUGUGCAGUGUGGAGCCCUCGGCCUCCGCCCUGGACAGCAUCGGGGCCGCAGCACCAGUCAGUCUACACGCGUUACACUGUCUCGACACAGUGCAUAAGGAAGCUUUGGUCCGGCACGAGUUACUGCCAGCUAUGUUCGGUGCCCUGACGUGUCUCGCGGCCGCCGCCUCCGAGCAGCCCUCCGCGGCCGUGCGCUGCCUGGCCGCGGCCGCCAACCUGUACCGAGCGGCGCCCGCUCCCAGCGCGCACCAACUGCCUACACUCAUGAAGGCGCUACACUCGGCUGUCCGCCUGUGUCCGGAACGACGCCGCAACGAGCGAGACAGAGAGGGAGGGGACGAGCCCGCGCACACCACCGCCCUCUUGUUACAGGUGCUAGCGACGGGGCUGCCUCUAGCGCGAGAGCAUCCAGACGAUUACAGCGAGUUCUGGGAGAUGCUGCCCGAAGUACUGGAGACAUUCAUGUUCGAACCGCCAGUGGGUGGUAGCGCUCAGGCUUGUGAGGUGGUGGGUGUGAUCCGAGAUGAAGUGCUGCGAGGAAUCCCGCGACCUCCUCAGCGACCGGCGACAAGACUGCUGGCGCUCGUGAGGGCUGGUUCCAUGCAUCACACCAGACCUCACACUGUACUCACUAGAGAUCAGAACGAGCAAGAGUUGAAGGAGAGAGAGGAGUUUGCUAGAACGUGUUUCGAGACUCUGCUACAGUUCUCUAUGCUGGAGGACAUGGACACACUCACCACCGCUGAAAACGACAGCGAUCCCCUGGCGAUAAUGCCUCUACUGGACCGCUUCCAGGAAGUUAUAGCGAAGUACAGUAGAGACGAGGAGAGUACGGAACCUAUACCCAGACAACAAGUGUCCGAGGUGUCGUUCGUCCUGCGUGCGGUGGCGUCUCUAGCCGGUGCUAUGUUGAGGGCGCCGCGAGGGAGAGUCGACGAGGCGGCCUGGGAGAAACUUAUCGGCGUGUAUCCGUCACUCGUCCGUCUGUCAGGCGGGGCGCGGGCGGGGGCGGCGGGGGCAGCCCUGAGGGAAGCCCUGAUGCAGUUCGGAGCGCUACUGGCGCCGCCCUAGCGUGUGCCCAGCAUCGCUAAUGUGAAAUGAGUCUUAUCACGAGGCGGUAAGGCGUGGAUUCGUUUAGUCGGCCGAGGCUGUAAUCGUUCUGUAUAUAAUUUUGUAAAAUAUAUAAUUUUAUCGAUUAAAAUGUGUCAUAUUUUUACGUUGAAACGAAAGUUGUUAUGCAAUACUUACGGAACAUUUAAUUUAUUUAUUAUUAUGUUAGAUGGUUAUUAAUAUUGAUUUUGUUUUGUUUAAUUUAACGCGAUGUAAUGCUUUUAUUGCUCAUAGUUCGAAAUAAUAUCGACAUCGAAUAAAUAGUUACGGUAUAGCUGUUGUUGUUAGGAAUCAUAUACAUUUAUACACACCGAUUAAAACACAUUAGCUGUGGAUCUUCCAAACGAAAAUGUAGAUGUCGCUAGUGGUCAUUGUUACUUUUAUACAUUAAUAUGAAAAAAAGUCGCUUAGAAUUAACAAUCAAGAUAUUAUUAAUUGUACAGAGCUGGAUAGUUUUAAAAACGUGGCUCUAGCUUCAGCAACAAACACAAUGUAUUUAAAGAUAUAUAAAAUAAAAUUGUACUAAUAGAAAUUCCAUUUAUUUCGUCAUUCCAGAAUAUAUUUUGUUCUGUCUUUUAGAGUAUUAUAAACUUAAUUUCUGUUUAUACGUAAAUUAAUUAUAUUUGUAUCAAUAUAUAUAUUAUUUUGUAUUGUGAAUCGACUGAUUUGAAAAUAAUAAAAAUUUAGUAUGAGAA